GCAGGAGGGUCAUGUGACUCCAGCUCACGUGUUUCUGGAGUCGGCUCCGGGAAGACGCUUAGGAGGUUUGUGUAAUGAGAUUUUAGGUGAAGAACUUGAGCCCCAAAAGGGGUGUGACGAGAUUCGGAUCCCAUACCUUUAGGCAGAGGAAACAGCCCUUUUCUAGGAAAGCAGGUUGACAGGAGGACCCCCAGACUAGUAACCCUGAAGGGGCAGGUGUUCUCUCCGCUACGCCAGGAAUGUGGUCCUGAGGCAGAACCCAGCCACAGCUUUCGCAAGAAAAGUGGUCCUGGGCCAUGGCCCAAGCCAGCAUCAACAGCGACUACAGCGAGUGGGGCUCCAGCACGGAUGCUGGCGAGCGGGCCCGUUUGCUACAGAGUCCCUGUGUGGACGUGGUGCCCAAGAGUGACGGGGAGGCAUCUGCCGGAGGUCCAGACAGCGGCACCACCUCAACGCUUGGAGCCGUCUUCAUCGUCGUCAAUGCCUGCCUGGGCGCAGGGCUGCUCAACUUCCCAGCAGCCUUCAGCACUGCUGGGGGUGUGGCAGCUGGCAUCGCCCUGCAGAUGGGCAUGCUGGUCUUCAUCAUUAGUGGGCUUGUCAUUCUGGCCUACUGCUCCCAGGCCAGCAAUGAGAGGACCUACCAGGAGGUGGUCUGGGCCGUGUGUGGCAAGCUGACAGGCGUGCUGUGUGAGGUUACCAUUGCAGUCUACACCUUCGGAACCUGCAUCGCCUUUCUCAUCAUCAUUGGGGACCAGCAGGACAAAAUUAUAGCUGUGAUGGCAAAGGAGGCCGAAGGGGCCAGCGGAAGCCCCUGGUACACAGACCGCAAGUUCACCAUCAGCCUUACUGCCUUCCUCUUCAUCCUGCCCCUAUCCAUCCCCAGGGAGAUCGGCUUCCAGAAAUAUGCCAGCUUCCUGAGCGUUGUGGGCACCUGGUACGUCACUGCCAUUAUAAUCAUCAAAUACAUCUGGCCAGAUAAAGAGAUGCGCCCAGCGGACAUCUUGACCGGACCAGCUUCCUGGAUGGCUGUGUUCAAUGCCAUGCCCACCAUCUGCUUCGGAUUUCAGUGCCACGUGAGCAGCGUACCCGUCUUCAACAGCAUGCGGCAGCCCGAAGUAAAGACCUGGGGCGGAGUGGUGACAGCUGCCAUGGUCAUAGCUCUGGCUGUCUACAUGGGCACAGGCAUCUGUGGCUUCCUGACUUUCGGAGCUGCAGUGGAUCCUGAUGUGCUCCGGUCCUACCCCUCAGAGGACGUGGCUGUGGCCGUUGCCCGAGCGUUCAUCAUCCUGAGCGUGCUCACCUCCUACCCGAUCUUGCACUUCUGUGGGCGGGCCGUGGUGGAAGGCCUGUGGCUGCGCUACAAGGGGGUGCCAGUGGAGGAGGACGUGGGGCGGGAGCGGCGGCGCCGAGUCCUGCAGACGCUGGCGUGGUUCCUGCUCACCCUGCUGCUCGCCCUCUUUAUCCCCGACAUCGGCAAGGUCAUCUCGGUCAUUGGAGGCCUGGCAGCCUGCUUCAUCUUCAUCUUCCCAGGGCUGUGCCUCAUUCAAGCCAAACUGUCAGAGAUGGAGGAGGUCAAACCUGCCAGUUGGUGGGCACUGGUCAGUUAUGGAGUCCUUCUGGUCACCCUGGGAGCCUUCAUCUUCGGCCAGACCACAGCCAAUGCCAUCUUUGUGGACCUCUUGGCAUGAACACUGCCUCCCUGAAAACACGUGACCAAGAGCCAUCCCUUGCAUCUGUGGAGCUACCCCAAGCCCUACACCCUGUUCCAACUGGCAAGACGACAUCUGGACACCUUUUUCCGGGGAUCGUCAUGAAUGAGACAAUCGGCCGCGAGUCUGCGGAUAUCUCCUGCCCAGCCGCCUUCCUGCUCCCCAGCUCUGGCAUUGUCUCAGGUGGUGGCAGGAGGUCCCACAUCACAGGAGUGCCCCCUUCACCCAGCUCUCAGUUUCAAGCCUUUGGGACCUGUGAGUGGAGAGGGUCAGUGAGUCUUAGAAGAGAGAGCCCAUUUCACUUCUCUCUGGGAAAAGAACAAAAAUAUCUAUGCCCAGGGCUGGCACCCUCCGAGCAUGUCAGGGCUGUGCCCAGCACCGUGGGGUUUUGUGCCUGCCCAUGUCUCUCAGAAGCCAAUGAUGGCUUUUCCUGGGACUUGGCCACUUCCAAAGGAGACACUGACAUCAUAUAAAUACCCAUUCCAUUCCUCUCUGGGUACCCUGUGAGUCUCUGUUAACUUCCCAAGUCUUUAGGGUCCCUACCCUGACUUUGUCCAAACCUAAUGGUCCAGGUUGGGUAUCCUUUCCCAGUGUCCCCAGACAUCCCCAAAUCUAAUGUUUACAAAUGGUGCUGGCCUGGCUCCGGAGCUAGGGCCUGCCACACCACGGUGCUGUGAGCACUCCUCCGUUAGCUUUUGCCUGGGUAGAGGGUGUGUCUGUCUUCUCAGAUGUUCAGGGUGGGUCAUGAAAGAGGCUUGGGACCUUUUAUACCUUCCUUCCAGGCUGGGCCGCCCAAGUUUGAGUGAAGCUCCAGCACCAUUGCUUUACUCCUCCAAGCCUGUCUUCUCUCUUCCCCAGCUAAACCUAGCCCGAGGGUGCAGAAGGAAGUUAGGCUGGGGACCCUGGACAUUUCCCUUUCUGUGUCCAUCUUGGCUGCUCUCUCCAUUUCCACCCAUCCCUCACCCCCUACCCUACGUCUUCUCUUUCUUUCGUGGAUGGGUCUUGUUAUUUGGCAGGGGAAGGGAUGGCACUAGACCCUGUCACAUCAGUUUGCCCAGCUCCACACAGCUGGCCUCAGCACCUGGGAAUUCCAUUGAGUCAUACAUAUCCACCCCAGGGGAUGUCAGGCUGGUCACUUUCUACUUUGACCACCCUAGCCUCUCACCUACCCCUGUACACUUCUGUAAGUCCGAGGUCCAGAACUGGUCUUUCUCCACAUAAUUUUCUUCAUCUUUUCUACCUAAAACACCUAUUCUAGAAAUGAGAGGGUCCCUCCCCAACAGACCCCCAACUCAGGUCAGUCCAGUUGAAGAGGCAGAGGCUCAGCAUCCAGACUUGCUGGAUUGCUCUUUCUCCAUCCAUCCCUGUUAUCCAUUCUCUCUGGUCCCAUUCUGCUGGUUUCCCUCAGCCUCCAAGUGCUGCCUUUCAUGGGUGUCCAGAAAACGCUGGGACAGUUAGCUGGGACCCAGCUUCGGCUUGACCUCAGGACCGCCUCCCCUCCCUCUCCCUCGCUUCCUAUCCAGUUUUUUGUUGCCUCUUUUCUACUCAAGCACACUUGAAGUGAGGAUGGUUAAUAAAGAGACUUACACUGCUAA